GCCGCAGUGGUCAUGAAGAUUACGAAGCGACAGAUGAGAGUGGCACGACCGGAGUAGUUUACAAAUGCUUUAAUGCGAGUACAGCAACGUCAGAGCAUGUACUGACAUCUGCGGUCUCUUAUAGUAACGAGUCGACUACUGGCGGAAGCGAAGGUCUAGGAGCAGGAGGCGCAAUGUCUCUAUGUUGG